AUGGAUCCGAUAUCGAUACUGGUCACUCCUCCCGAUCUCAAUAUGCAGCUCUCACAUGCUUUCACGACACUCAUGGCCUUCGUCGUUAUUGCUGCGGCAUAUCCAACACCACAUUUGUUGAUGAGACCGUUGGCUAGGCGCGAUGUGCUUACCUCUAACUUCGAUGGUUACAAAAACACUAGGGCUGUCGGCUCUCCCAGCCCAGUCACCCCACUCAUCACGCCCAACCCUAACGUUGAUUCGCCUCACGCGGACUCGCCUCAUGGAGUUGAGAAGUACGGGGAACUUGACUCCAACUUUCCUAUCAGUAGCAAUGGGCCUGAAUCUAGGGACCUCGGCGCUCCCGGCGCGCUCGACUCGCCUAACAAGCGUGCGGAGCUUGAUAACACCACCUGUUCCGAACCUACUCUACCUACAGGGGGUGAGUCGUCUAGCAAGCGUGACAAUACAACCACGUGUCCUCCCGCACCUACCGCACCUACCAUGCCUACAGCGCCUGAUUCGUCUAGCAAGCGCGAAGAGGUUGGCUCCACCACAACCACCUGUCCUACCGCACCUACAAGGGGUGACGAGUCUAGCAAGCGCCAGGAGCAUGGUAACACAACCACCUGCACUCCUGCAACCACAGGGGGUGACGAGUCUAGCAAGCGUGAGGUUGGCUCCAACACAACCCCUUGUCCUACCGCACCUACAGGGGGUGACGAGUCUAGCAAGCGCCAGGAGCCUGGUAACACAACCACCUGCACUCCUGCAACCACAGGGGGUGACGAGUCUAGCAAGCGUGAGGUUGGCUCCAACACAACCCCUUGUCCUACCGCACCUACAGGGGGUGAUGAGUCUAGCAAGCGUCAGGAGCCUGGUAACACAACCACCUGCACUCCUGCAACCACAGGAGGUGACGAGUCUAGCAAGCGCCAGGAGCUUGACUCCAACACAACCACGUGCCCUACUGCACCUACCCUACCUGCAGGGGGUACUGAGUCUAGCAAGCGUGGGGAGCUCGACUCCAACACGACCACCUGUCCUACCGCACCUACCCUACCUGCAGGGGGUACCGAGUCUAGCAAACGUGAGGAGCAUCACUCCAACGUUCCUGGCACACCUAGUGCGCCUAACACUAGGGACGUCGGCCUGUUCGACGAGAGCUCUCCCAGCUCUCCCGGUUCCCCCAGCUCUCCCGGUUCCCCCAGCUCUCCCGGUUCUCCCGGUUCUCCUAGCACGCCCGACUCGCGCGACGUGCACUCACUUGACAAGCGCGUAGAGCUGGAUUCCAACGGUCCUCCCACACCUGAUGCGCCGUUCACUAGAGACAACAGCCACCUAAGCUCUCUCAGCUCUCCCGACUCUCUCAGGUCUUCCAACUCUCUUAGCUCUCCCAGCUCUCCCAGUUCUCCCAGCACUCCUGACGGGCCUGACAAGCGCGGAGAGCUUGACUCCAACGGUCCUAGCAAACCUGAGAUGCCAAACAAGCGCACGGUGCUAGACUCUAACCGCCAUAACAAACCUGAGUCGCCAAGGAAGCACGCAGCCUUCGACUCCAAUGGUCCUAACAAACCUGAGUCCGACUCCAACGGUCCUAGCAAACCUGAGAGGCCAAACACGCGCACGGUGCUCGACUCCAACGGCCCUAGCAGACCUGAGAUGCCAAACAGGCGCACGGUGCUCGACUCCAACGGCCCUAGCAGACCUGAGUCGCCAAGCAAGCGCGGGGAGAUCGACUUCAACGGCCCUAACACACCUGAGUCGCCAAGCAAGCGCGCGGCAUUCGACUCCAACGGCCCUAGCAGACCUGAGUCGCCAAGCAAGCGCGCGGAAUUCGACUCCAACGGUCCCAGCAGACCUGAGAUGCCAAACAGGCGCGCGGAAUUCGAUUCCAACGGUCCCAGCAGACCUGAGAUGCCAAACAGGCGUACGGAGCUUGACUCCAACGGCCCUAGCAGACCUGAGAUGCCAAACAAGCGCACGGAGCUUGACUCCAACGGUCCCAGCAGACCUGAGAUGCCAAACAGGCGUACGGAGCUUGACUCCAACGGCCCUAGCACGCCCAACUUUCCAGGCAAACGCUUUGGGGGUCCUGAUCACACGCGCCUUCACUCUGGCGAUCCUGACAAGCCUGAUGGUCCUGAUGGUCUUAACGGGCUGUUUUAG